CACCAACCGAGGCCGACGGGCGACGACCACCCCCAUUCCUUCCCCCAACUUAUCGGCUCCCCACCUUCCUCGCCGCGGAACACGCGCUCCCGUCCCGGAUUUGCUCGUUUUAUUCGCUCGAGACUCCUCCCCGCGGCGAGUCCUCGAAUCCAAUCCCAUCUACCGUCCAAUCCCCUCGGCUCUGUUGCGGAUUUGUCUGCUGCGUGGCAGGGUGGCGUAGUAAUCACCAGUGCGGUAGCCGAGCGCUCCGGCCAUGGCGUUCUUCCGGGGCCUCACCGCGGUCUCGAGGCUGCGAUCCCGCGUGGCGCAGGAGGCCAGCGCGCUGGGUGGUGUCAGAUGGUUGCAGAUGCAGAGCGCUUCCGAUCUCGAUCUCAAGUCCCAGUUGCAGGAACUGAUUCCCGAACAACAGGAUCGCCUAAAGAAGCUUAAAUCAGAGCAUGGAAAGGUCCAGCUUGGAAACAUAAAUGUAGAUAUGGUCCUUGGUGGAAUGAGAGGGAUGAUUGGGAUGCUUUGGGAAACAUCACUACUUGACCCAGAGGAGGGCAUUCGCUUUAGGGGCCUCUCAAUUCCAGAGUGCCAGCAAGUGCUGCCAACGGCAGUUAAGGGUGGUGAGCCUUUGCCUGAGGGUCUCCUUUGGCUUCUUUUGACAGGAAAGGUUCCAACCAAAGAGCAAGUUGAUGCCCUAUCAAAGGAAUUGCUGGCCCGUUCAAGUGUCCCAGCUCAUGUCUAUAAGGCAAUAGAUGCUCUCCCUGUAACUGCACACCCUAUGACACAGUUUACCACUGGAAUAAUGGCUCUUCAGGUUGAGAGUGAAUUUCAAAAGGCUUAUGACAAAGGAUUGCCAAAAACAAAGUUCUGGGAGCCUACUUAUGAAGAUGUCUUAAAUUUGAUUGCUCGGCUUCCACCAGUGGCUUCUUAUGUUUACCGGAGGAUUUUCAAGGACGGGAAAUCAAUAGAAGCUGAUAAUUCUCUGGAUUAUGCUGCGAAUUUUUCACACAUGCUUGGUUUUGACAAUCCCAAAAUGUUGGAGUUGAUGCGCCUCUAUAUAACAAUUCACACUGAUCAUGAAGGCGGGAAUGUCAGUGCACAUACUGGUCAUCUGGUUGGAAGUGCACUGUCCGAUCCCUAUCUUUCUUUUGCAGCGGCUCUGAAUGGUUUAGCUGGGCCACUUCAUGGUCUGGCUAAUCAGGAAGUGCUUCUAUGGAUCAAAUCUGUAAUUGAGGAAACUGGGAGUGACGUUACAACAGAUCAACUCAAAGACUAUGUCUGGAAGACACUGAAGAGUGGAAAGGUUGUUCCUGGCUUUGGUCAUGGUGUUCUGCGAAAGACAGACCCACGGUAUUCAUGUCAAAGGGAGUUCGCCCUAAAGCAUUUGCCUGAGGAUCCACUUUUCCAGUUGGUAUCCAAGUUGUAUGAAGUCGUGCCUCCAAUCCUCACUGAGCUUGGCAAGGUGAAGAACCCAUGGCCGAAUGUUGAUGCUCACAGUGGAGUUUUGCUUAACCACUUUGGACUAUCUGAAGCACGGUAUUACACAGUCUUGUUUGGUGUCUCAAGGAGCAUGGGGAUAGGAUCUCAGCUCAUCUGGGACCGUGCUCUUGGCCUACCACUGGAGAGGCCGAAGAGUGUCACCAUGGAGUGGCUGGAAAACUACUGCAAGAACAAGGCUGCUUGAAGCUAAACAGUGGCUUAUUUUUUUACACACCAUGCCAAAUGCCAUCUUUCCUGUUAAUAAGUUACAGUAGUGUUUUCUUUCUUUUGGCGGUCCAAUAACAAGAGCAAGAGGCUCUCAGACGGCAGAAUUUUGUAUCCUCCGUCACUCGGGACAUCCAGAUAGCUAAUCUCUGUGGUACCACCGGGCAGACGAGAUCAGGACAUGAUUAGUCUUUAAUACAUGAUGGCGCAUGCCAAUUCUUUUUUAACCUUCCAGUUAUUUGGGUUUUGGCAUGCCGCAUGCAUGAGCUGACUGUUCCUUAAUGAAAAAGCGAGUAUAUAUUUUGAUGCC